AUGGAGGGGACUGCGGAGUCCCAGACGCCUGACCUGCGAGACGUGGAGGGCAAGGUGGGCAGGAAGACCCCUGAAGGGCUGCUCCGCGGGCUGCGAGGCGAGUGGGAGCCGGGAACCUCUGGCGCUCUGCUGCUCUCAGGGGCGCCUAGCACGGGCCACAGCCUGGGGGACAAGAUCAUGGCGCUGAGGCUGGAGCUGGCUUACCUGAGAGCCAUCGAUGUGAAGAUCCUGCAGCAGCUGGUGACCUUGAACGAGGGCAUUGAGGCGGUGCGCUGGCUGUUGGAGGAGAGGGGGACGUUGACCAGCCACUGCAGCAGCCUCACCAGCAGCCAAUAUAGCCUGACAGGCGGGAGCCCAGGCCGCUCAAGGCGAGGCAGCUGGGACAGCCUGCCAGACACCAGCUCCACUGACCGGCUGGACAGUGUCUCCAUCGGCAGCUUCCUGGACACAGUGGCGCCCAGCGAGCUGGAUGAACACGGCCCCCCUGGGGCUCCCCGUCCCGAGAUGGACUGGGCAAAGGUUAUACCUGGUGGGGAGAGGGCCAGGACUGAGGUGGACCUGACAGCCACCAGGCUAGGGAGCUUGAAGGCCAUGUGGAAACCCCCAGGGGAGGGGCUGCAAGGUGCACCCCCUGAGCCGCCAGAGGAUGAGAGUGCCAAGCUGGGCUUUGAGACGCACUGGUACUGGGGCCAGUGCCAGGAUGAUGUGACCUUCCUGUAA